AUGUGGCUGUGGUCUCCGGCGAGGCUGGACUUUGGCACCGUGGUGAAAUAUUUUUUCGAGAUUCCUUGCGUGAUGGAGUUCGUGGUUUUCGCAACGGCGUACUUCUAUCUCUUCAACUUGGGGUCAAGAUUCGACACCCUUAAUCGUUUCUGCGAGUGGAUGCCCGCCGGACUUGUCACCGCCGCCGGCACGUGGACCCAAUCCGAAAUCACCGAGACGAUGGAAAGAGUACGGUUGUUGCACUCCAAACUGUGCGACCUGUUGCGCGUCUUCGGCUUCGGCUACGGAGGGGUGCUGUUGUGCUAUUUUACGUUCAAUUUUUUCGAUCUUCUGCGGAAUUUUUACUACUUGAUACACGUGUCCAGAUACGAUUCCUCGUCCAGUGCAAGUUCUUACAAUAACAGUCUAAACGUCAUACUGACCGUUGCGUUCUGUUUACAAAACGUCGUCUUCGUAGUGUGCCUGCUAAUUGCCGUGUCUUGGAUAAACGAAAAGAUAAUUGAAAUAAUUUCAUUUCUAAGAUUAAUACAUGUUUCAAAACUACCAAUUGAUACGAAGUUACAAGUUAAAUUGUUUAUGAAUCAAUUAUCAAUUUUUGAAUGGGAUCAAUUUUCAGCCUUCGGAUUUUUUCAUAUCAAUUUGAGACUUAUAAUGUCAAUUUUUAUAUUACUCACGACAACGUUGGCCACAUCGGUACAAAUGAAGGAACACCCAUACGUGGUUAGAUUUAACAACGAGUACCAAUCAUAUUUAAAAUUCGAGUACAACAUGAGUUAG